CGCCCCUUCCCGCUUCCGGUAAAAUGCAGGCGCUGACGUAUGACGCGAAACUCGACUAGGCCAGAGGCCUCCAGGCAACACUAAACACUCCGGUCCGUGAUGGCUUCGGAAAAGCAAUCAUAACCCGAGCCCCUUCUCUUCUUUUUCGUUCCUUAACCCUUCUAGCCUUUCCAAUGCCUUAGAGUGCUGGUGUUUUAACUUCGCCAUUCCUGUAACACCCAUCCUACCCUGAGCCUCGGAGCAUGUCUGUUCGUGAUGCGCCUGUCAAAGCGGCACAAUGGCUCGGCCGCGAACUCGGUCUCGCGACGAUGAAACAUGCUGGAAAAGACGUCUACAUCCUCAUUCUGGCACGGUACAUUCGUCUGUUCGCAUAUGGAAGCGUUGCACUCAUUCUCGCACUCUUCUUCCAAGAGCAAGGAUUUUCAGACGAACAAAUCGGUCUCUUUAUGUCAUUGACGUUGCUGGGCGAUGUAGUCGUCAGCCUCCUCCUCACACUUGUCGCGGAUACGCUAGGACGGCGCCGAACAUUACUCCUUGGAGCCACGUCCAUGGCAAUAUCCGGCGCUGUUUUCGCGACAACGAGCAACUAUGUGGCUUUGCUUCUAGCAGCUAUCGUCGGUGUCAUCAGUCCUAGUGGGAACGAGAUCGGGCCGUUCAGAGCUGUGGAGGAGUCGACGUUGGCGCAUCUGGUAGCCGAGGAUAAGAGGUCGGAUGUGUAUACUUGGUAUGUCGUCUUGGCUGUACUGGGCACGUCAACGGGGUUGGCAGUUGGUGGUGUUGCUGUCGAUAACUUGCAGGCUAUCGAGGGUUGGUCGGAUCUGGAUGCGUAUCGCGCCAUCUUCUGGAUUUACACUGGUGUCGGGUGUGUCAAGGCUCUGAUGACUCUCUUUCUGAGCCAGAGAUGCGAACAUAGCGACUGGAACGAUGAACGGAACAAAUCUGCUGCAUCAGCUGAGACCGAGCCGUUGCUGAACACCGACGAGACAGAGAAUCGAGAUACCGCAACUCAAGAUGCAGCCCCCAAGAAGCCUAAGAGGUUUUGGCAUUCCCUCAGCAAGAUCUCCAAGUCGAGUCGCAUUGUUCUCAUUAAACUCUGCAGCUUGUUCUUUCUGGAUUCUUUGGGCUCGGGGAUGGUUCCCUUCAGCUUGAUCAACUACUACAUGGAACGAAAAUUUGAUCUACCGAAAGGGAAGCUAGGUGGCAUCAUGUCUGCAACAUGGUUCGUGUCGACGCUAGGCAACGUGUUCGCCUCAAGCCUGGCCAAACGUCUCGGCUUGAUCCAAGCAAUGGUCUUCACUCAUCUGCCUUCUUCUGUAUUCCUCGCGCUACUGCCCGUGCCAUCGGGGCUGGCUCUAACCAUCUGCCUACUCGUUGGCCGCUCUGUGCUCAAUUCUAUGGAUCAGGCACCUCGAUCAGCCUUCCUUUCGAUUGUCGUCUUACCAGAAGAGCGAACAGCUGUUAUGGGCGUAGUCAACAUACUCAAGACACUAUCCCAAAGUAGUGGACCGAGUCUGACAGGAGUACUUGCCGGCAAUGAUCGUUUCUGGGUAGCUUUUGUUGCAGCUGGUAGCUUGAAAGCGACGUAUGAUUUAUUGCUUCUCGCAUUCUUUGGCGGGAGGGUGCAGCCGCGGAGUGAAGAACCGGAAGCAACUACUGGUGUAGAGGAGGAUGACACUAUUGACGAGCCCGCGAAUGGACACAGGACUACUUGAUGUAGCUUGCACGAACUUGACGGCAUAAAAAAGGAACACUACUAGACCAAUACCAUCUCGAUGCAGAUUCAGUAGAUUCCACAACUUCUAGAAUGUUCAAUAUGCCGUUUGACACUACACCGCCAGG